AUGGACAUCGAAGUCGAGGCGGCAUUGGACUCGCCCUCCUCUGCGUCCUUCAACUCAAAGCUUCAACUCCCCUUGAGCUGUGACCCACCGGGUCCUCAAAACCCCGCGAAGCAGCGAGUAUGGGUCGUCUUCGGCGCCACAGGCCAUAUGGGUCGCUCCGUCGUCAAAGCCGCCCUCGCCCACAGCGACCUUGUCACAGCAGUUGGACGUAGUUUGACAGACACACUCUCCAAUAUGCAACUGCUCCCUCCUGCCUCGCCCAAUACCUCCUCGACGAAUGCGUCUUUGGACCAAUCACCAUUCCUACCCCUCCUCUGCGAUGUCCGCAUCCGCUCAACCGUCGACGCUGUCUUUAAAAAGAGCCUGGAACAUUGGGGAAGAAUGGACAUCAUAGCGAAUUGCUCCGGCUAUGGUGUCAUUGGUGCUUGCGAAGACCAGGAUGACUAUGAGAUCAGGAACCAGUUCGAGACGAACUUCUGGGGUACACUCAAUAUAAUCCAGCUCUCCCUCCCUUACUUCCGCGAACGGACCGAUGCCGACAGCGAAGGCGGAUGUGGAGGGCGGUAUCUGAUCUUUAGUAGCACGAGUGGUUCCCUUGGGGUUCCGGGAUUAGGACCGUUUUGUGCUACCAAGUACGCUGUGGAAGGAUUGAUAGAGUCUAUGCUCUACGAAACUGACGCCUUCAACAUCCGCGCCACGCUCGUCGAACCCGGGCACGUCCGCGACGACGAGCCACUCUCACCCCUCGAAAAGACCUCCCCGCUCCCCACCUUCGGUCAUUUCUUCAUCAAACCCGCCUCCGCCCCUUACGCCUCGUCUACAUCCCCCGCCGGGCACGCGAAAAGAAUGGUACAAUGGCUCGGGGAGCGGCAACCUACGAGUGCGGUCAAGGCAGCGGAACUGGUGUGGCAGUUGGGGCAUUGUAGUUUUCCGCCGCUGAGGCUGUUGUUGGGAAGUUUUGCGGUCGAGAGUGUGAGGGAUCGUCUGAGGUGUGUUACCGAGGAGAUUGAGGAUUGGCGGUUUCUAAGCUUCAAGGGGGAUGGCGAGGCGGAUGGGGUGGUGGUUAGGGAGAGGAGGGGGAGUACAAAGACGGAGGAAGGGGAGGGUGAUGGGGAGGAGGAGGAUGUUAAGAUGGAGGGGGUGGAGGAUGGGGAAGGAGAUGGUGAUGGAGAAGGGGAGGAGAGCUGA